AGUUACAACUUAUACAAAAUCUGCCGUCAUAUCAACAGGUGGAAGCUCUUCAGGUGUUUAGGAUUAUAAAUAACAUCAGAAGCCGUCAUGUAAAUACUGGAUCUAAGGGAUAAUCUCCUAGUGAAAUUUUAAGUGUACGUAGUGAGUUUUUGUUUCAGAUUUGUUCUUUGUUGGUUGGAGUUGGAGGGAACACACACAGCAAAGCAGUAGAUUUACUGACUGACUUUUUCAAGAUGAGUGCGCUCGUGUUUCCGCCGGCGCCGAUGACGCGUCAACAAGAGAAGGCUGAGCUUCAGCAUCUUAAUGACCGGGUUCAGAACUACAUCGCUAAGGUUCGCAAGAUGAGAGAAGAAGCCAAUAAUAUCGACUCAUCUUCUCUUCUCAAUGCAAUGCGAGUCUUGGAAGACGAAGUGUCGGCCAUUAAGAGCAUGUACGAGAAGGAACUGGAGAACGAACGCAGGAAGGUUGAAGAUGAGAUGGGAGGCCGGAACCAGGCCGAGGUACAGGCUCACCGUAACAAGCAGCUGGCGAAUGAUCUACAAGACAGGUUAUCGGUGGAAAGUCAGCGCGGCCGAGCCUUUUCAGACGAGAUACUGGCCUUGCAGAGACUCUGUAGCCAGAAGGACGGUGACCUCCAGCAGGCAAGGGUCAAAGGUGAAGAUUUGACCCGGAAGCUGAGAGACCUACAGGACGAUCAUGCAGCGUUGCAGCACCAUUCUGCAGACACACAGCGAAGGUUGGAUCAGGAGACUGCGCAGAGGUUAGAGGCUCAGGAUGUUCAGCAGUCGCUGAGGAACAAGAUUGAGUUUCAAGAUCAGCUCCACUCUCAGGAAUUAAUUGAGAGUAGAAAUCGUCUAGAUGAGAAGGCGAACCACAUACUUCAGCUGGAGGCUAAGGUCAGAGAGUUGAGUAAGCCUGAUAACACGCUCCAUGAGGCCCUACAGAGGGUCCGAGAUGCAGCCACCGCCGAACUCCUCAAAUAUAAGGAAGAGUCGGAGGCAACUUACCAUAAAAAUUUGCAAGAACUGCGCGAUCAAAUGGACAGAGACGCCGACAAUAUUGAGAAGUUGUCAGGAAAUAAUAAACGACUUGCAGCGCAGAUCGAGGAACUAAAGAACCAGGUGCACUCGCUCCAGACACGAUUGGGAUCAACAGAGCAUCAGAAUCGUAAUCUCUCCGACCAGCUAACGCAAGAGAGAGAGGGCGCCGCAGCCCAUGUGCGCGCCCUAGAGGGAAAACUCUGCGAUAUGCAGGACAGCUUGGUGCAGAAGAUGAGAGAGAUCACCUUGGCAACGGACGCUAAGAUGCCGGUCAGGUCCGAGAUCGACGCACUGAGGGAGCUCGUCGAGGAAGAAGAAAGAAAGUUACGGAACAUCACUGGCGAACCGAUACGUCGACCGAUCACCUUGCCUCCAGCCGUUCACUCCAUUAGUAGACCAGCCAGCACUCCUCUGAUAUCAUCGAGAGGUCGGUCAACCUCCCCAAUGAAAGGAUACGAAAACACCACAGGUCUGGUGUCCAGUGUUACUCAACAUAGCCCAAGAGCGGAGAGACGUCCAGCGUCAGUUCCGGUCACCACGAUGGGACAGGGGAAGGACUACUUUGACUCUAUGUUCGGAGACCUUCAGAAGAGUCGGGUGAUUUAUCCCAAACUCCAUCCAAAGUCUAGCCCGCCAGUCAGACUGGCGUCUACCACUCACGAUUACACCACGGCAACAUCAAGCACUACAGGCUCAGUCAAGAUUCUUGAAGUCAACGAGGACGGACGUUUCAUCCGCCUCUUCAACACAUCCCCGAGAGACGAUCUGGAGAUCGGAGGUUUCAUGAUCCAGCAGAAUAUUGGAGGGCACCCGGUGGCGGUCUACCGUUUCACUCCACGGACCCGUUUCAGAGCUGGGUCGACGAUAACUGUUUGGUCAGCAUCGAGCCUCGCUCAGCACAACCCCCCGACAGACUUCCUAUGGAAGGAGCAAAACAAGUGGGGAACUGGUCCCGAAUGCACUACUAUCCUCUGUAAACCAAACGGACAGGCGAUUGCUUGGACAACGGCAGCCCAUCGUUUCACCAAGACGGCGCAGAGUUACGAUAUGACCAGCGAAAGCUCAGGGAGUCGUAUGACGGAGGACGUAAUGGACGACUUUAACGGGGAGUCCACACCUCACCCUGAGAUGGAGGUUGAAAUUGAUGGCAGACCGACAACGGUACUACACAGAGAAAGAGAAGAUCUUCCGUCAUUGUCUCCAGCGAAGCAUCCCAUCGGUCAGUAUCCGGGAUCCCCGACACACCCUGCGACAGGACAGCACAGGGUGAAGACCUUAGGGAACGACAAUAGCAGCAUGUGUCGCCAGUCUCGCUCUCAGAACUCCAAACCGGUUCCCGAUGUUGUUAAAGGUGUUUUAUAUGCAGGCUCAGGAAUAGGUGCAUCUCGUACCGGUGCAGCACAACUUAGAAAACCAAUGAGAACGAGCCCAACAAGAGGAGGGAGUGGUACGAUCCGAUACACUGCCCAGCCGAGCCCCUUCAUGUCCCCCCACCAGGAGCACUACGCUAACCUGAACUCCAUUACCGCUAGUCAGAAGGUCAGCUUCCAGCCACCGAUGCCACGCCCUCCUGUCAUAUCGUCAUGGUAACUAGCUCAUGAAUAUGUAUGUCAGUAAUUCCCACCAGAUCAGUUUGCACCCAUGCACCACCCACCCUUCAACUUUGCUCAUGAAUAUGCAAACAUAUAUCAGGCCCAUGUUUUCUUUAAGCUAGCCCAACAUAACAUUACUUUAUAAAGGGUAAAGUCAUGAAUAUGCAAAUCAGUAGAUAGACGAGUUUCCUCAGUGGACUAAAGUUAUUUAUUGAAAUUAGCUCAUGAAUAUGCAUAUUUUUGAGAGAACAAGAGGAUGGCAUUUGGUUGGAUCCUCCAAGUGACAUGGCAAAUCCCCAUAACUCAUGAUUAUUCGUAUCCAAUAUGAAUAUGCAAAAACGUUUGGGUGUGUUUGGUCUGGUACCUUGAACCUUGAGGCAUUUUAAGACAUGUUUGUCUGUGGAAUAAGCAGUAAGAGUUAUUCAAGUUUCCUGACCAAAUAUUUUUGCUGUGAGUUACAAAGAAUUUAAUGCUGAUUGAAGACUCUAUAUUUGGAAGACUUUAUAUAUAUUUAUGUAUAAUAUUUUCUAUGCAUAUUUUGACUAUUUUUUAAUGAAUUAUGCAAAGUGUGGCACUCUGUUUUAUUGAUUUUCUAAAUGAUGCCUCGUUACUAUAAAAUUGAUAUUUAAUAAAAAUGUCCAAAGAGUAAAUAGUUGAAUAUGCAGUUUUUGACUCACUGGUUUUGCUAAAAAAAUAAAUCAGCGAUUUUGAUUAUCGUAACCGCAAUUUUAAAUGGAAAAGUUAUAAUUAAUAAUGAAUGCUGAAUUUGUGUGUUAUGUUUCGAACAAAGAAAGACAGAAAGGGUGAUGUUGUGGUUGUUUUUGUCAAAAAUGUUUUACAAUAAUAUAUACAUGUAGUUUGUGUGAGUUUUGCUGUUGCUGUAUAGCUACAUGGGAACCUGUAUACUAUUGAACAGUAGAGGGCCAUGUGUUGCACCUAGUGACUGACAGAAGUCUCUGCAGGGAAUGACUUGAUUCAAGUCUAACUUUUUACAGAAGUAGGCCAUAUUGCUCUAAUGUCUGAAGUAAAUCUAGAAUGAUGGCAAAGCAACUACUUGAUUUAAAGACUAACUUUAUGCAGAAGUAGGCCAUGUUUUGCAUUAGUGGCUGCAAGUGAGAAAUCUGUAGGAUUGAUGGCAAAUUACGACUUGUUUUCAAGCCUACCUUUGUAUUAAAGAAGAUAGGCCAUGUAUUGCACGAGCGUCUGUCAAACAUCUGUCAGGAAUGAUCUCAAAGAACGACUUGAUUCAAGCCCAACUUUGUACAGAAGUAGGCCAUGUGUUGCAUUAGUGUCUGAAAUAAAUCUGUAGAAACGAUCGCAAAAAAUGACUUGAUUCAAGCCUAACUUAUUUUUACAGAAGUAGGCCGUGUGUUGCAUUAUACAUGUAAUAGUGUCUGAAAGAAAUAUGUAGGAAUGGUGACAGAGAACGACUUGAUUACAAGUCUUUUUUUUGUGAGCCAUGUGUUGCACUACUGUCUGAAAUAAAUCUGCAGGAUUGGUCACCAGAACGAUUUGAUUUGAAGCCUAACUUUGGACAGAGGUAGUUUUUUGUACCAAAUCACCAUCAUGUGAAAUAGUUUUACUUAUCUGAAAUGCAGCAUUGUGUAAAAAAGGUGUUCUAGCAUUUCAAUUCUCUUUUAUUUUCGGCUUGAUUGGUAGAGAUAAAAAAGAAAGAAAACUAAGCAAGAAACUUUUGUGACAUGAAAAUAAUAUUGUGCUUAUUUUCAAUUUACACAUUUCACUGUAAUUUGAUACUUUUCAUUGGGAAUAAAGAAUAUUACUUGGUGUGUUUUCAAAUUAA